ACUCUGUGAGUGUCUUGACGUUGGUCUUCGCUCCACUUUGAGAACCGCAGAGAAGAUGGCGGCGUUACGAGUCGUGGUCCUUACGGGGACUGGGAGAGCCCUCCUCAGCGCUCCGAAAACUAUCAAGACCCCUAAGGCCAACAUGUCCUUCGCCAGUCUGCCACGGAGCAAGAAGGUCGCCCUGACGACGCUAGGUGUGGUGACGGCUGGCGGGGCUGGGCUCGCUCUGAUGCUGCACCAGUCGGUCAAAGCCUCUGACCUUGAGCUCCACCCCCCUAAUUAUCCCUGGAGCCACGCUGGACCUCUGUCGUCUCUGGACCACGCCAGUAUUCGUCGUGGCUACCAGGUGUAUAAACAGGUGUGUUCAGCCUGCCACAGUAUGGAGUACCUGGCCUUCAGAAACCUGGUGGGAGUGUCGCACACAGAGCAAGAGGUUUCGGCCAUCGCUGAGGAGAUUGAGGUGGUGGACGGUCCCGACGACAACGGAGAGAUGUACACCCGGCCAGGGAAGCUGUCCGACUACUUCCCAAAGCCCUACCCCAACCCCGAGGCAGCCCGAGUCGCCAACAACGGAGCCCUUCCUCCAGACCUCAGCUACAUCGUCAAUGCCAGACACGGAGGAGAAGACUACGUGUUCAGCUUGCUGACAGGUUACUGCGAACCUCCAGCAGGAGUGACGUUGAGAGACGGACUCUAUUACAACCCUUACUUCCCUGGACAGGCUAUCGGCAUGGCCCCGCCCAUCUACAACGAGGUGCUGGAGUAUGAGGAUGGAACCCCUGCUACAAUGAGCCAGGUUGCUAAGGAUGUGUGUACCUUCCUGAGGUGGGCCGCUGAGCCAGAGCAUGACCAACGCAAACGCAUGGGACUUAAGAUGCUGAUGGGUGCCGGCAUCCUCAUCCCUCUGCUCUACUACAUGAAGAGGCACAGGUGGUCUGUGCUGAAGAGCAGGAAGAUCGCCUACAAGCCUCCUAAGUAAAUGAAAUCAAACAUACCCCACCUCGGGCCUAAAAACUACCAGAGAGAGCUGCGUUCAGUGACCCCACAACACUCGCCUCACAAUGAUCAUAUGGACACAGAACAACUGACAUACACACACACACAUGCCUUUCUAAAGGGGGUAGAGAAAUAUGAGUAUAUAUACUAUGUUUAUUCCUACAGAAAAAUGCCUUUUUUUUAGUUGUUGGCAUGGUUGAACCAAUUGUGUGACAGAUUUUCCUGUAUCUGGAAUAUUGUGGUGCAAGUUUGGGUCAGAGAGUUGUGGUGUUCUUGAACGCACCCUCCACAAAGUUUGUUUUAUCUGCAACAAGUCAUCGCUGGAAGCAGUUCACAUCUUGACAUCUUGUAUCAGACACUAUGUCACAAUUGACUGAUAAGUCGUCCAUCUUUGUAAGAUACCCAAUUAACCACAUGAGUGCUGAGAAAUGGUUGCUGCAAGCUUGGAACAUCUCGGGCGUAUAUAAAUCCAUCCUCCCUUAUCUUCUCCACUAAGACACUCGGUGGAUCAAAUGCAACCUCUGAACCUCUGUUUUACUGUACAAAAUAAAUUAUCUUAAAGGAAA